UGCCUCCCCAACCGUCUGUUUCUUCAAAUUAGAACAUCCCGCCAAUGCUCACUUCACCCAUAUAUGUAAACAAUAUAUAUCUUGGGUACCUACCUAAACUAAUCGAUAAUACAAACUCGCAAACAUGGAUAAAUGGCCUCAAGAGCUCUACGACCAUGUCGUCUCCUUCUAUCUGAAAGGCACGUAUACUUCUAAUCCAGCUUUCCUAGCACUCGCAACUGUGUCCCGCAAGUUUCAAAAUUCCGUCGAACGCCAUACAUUCCGAAAGAUACUAUUCACCGCUACCGAUUCAAAGCUGGACGACUUUACAAAUAUAUUCACGCCGCGGCGCCGAAGCUUUCUACGAGACCUUGCUAUUAGGAUGGUCCUACCACCGUACCCUUCUGAAUGUUUUACCGAGUUCGAAACAGAUCAGGAUCGCAGAGCCAAUAAUGAGGCCAUUACCGCAGCAUUAAAGCGGAUAUUCUGUUUAAUUUCAACUCUUUACGACCGGGAUGACAAUAUAACGCCGAUGCUCAGGUUACAUAUCUUUGGGCCACAUUCACCUUCAGAUAAAGGAACAAGAUGGUUUCUAUCAACAAAGGUCCCUCCUAAUCGUCCAUUUCCUCUUAGAUUAGACCUUAACGCUGCGCGCUAUAAAUUCUCGCUGCUUGAUCUUACAUCUGAUCUGUCCGACUUCCCACCCUUACUUUGUGUUCGAGAAUUCACUAUAUCUGGCGGGCGUCGCAAUUGGAGCCCUCGUGCUGCAGUGCUUCUCUCUACCAAGAUGGUACAAGCUAAGAGUAUCAGUUGGAACCUAGAGUAUCGCGAAGAUAGUUGGGGUCGGUACUAUAGCAUAGAUCGAAGAUUCCGGAACGAGCUUGUUCAGAGUAUCAUGUCAGCAGAUCUUCCAGCAUCUACCACAAGGUUUUCUUGUAAUAUACCUGGACCAUUUGCUAAUAAUUGGCAAAUGCUCCUCCCUCAAUUCAUCACUCCAGGUGAUCAUGACCCAGUCAGCUGUGCCUUUCGACGCCUUACAAGACACUGUACCUACGUCCAUAUUAUGGGUCCCAUACAUGCUACGUUUUUUGAUCCUCCAGCGGAUUUGCCGAAUGGAGUUGAGCAGUCCUGGAAUAGUGUAGAAACUUUGAAAGCCACAGUUUCUAUGCAUAACCCGGAAGGAAAGUGGUUAUUCAGACUUGAAAACGGUGUUGAUGAGGACCGGAACCCCUUAAUUACGCUCGAUCAACUCCCACCAGGCUACGGAGACACGAAAGAAGAGUUGGAGGAACGUGAGAAAUAUUAUUUCCGACACAUGGUCGAUCCGGAUAUACGUGAAGAACCGGAGAGGGUCAUACCAAAUGAUAUCGAGCUGAAUGCUUUGUUCACAGCUUUCGCACGGGCGUGCUGCCGCUUGCCAAAGCUGAAAGAGGCUUCUGUAGAGGUAGUAUGUAUGGGUAGAGACAUCUGGCAAUAUGAGGUGGGGUGUUUGGCACCGGGUACGCCGUCUCCGAGAGGUAAACCAAUGCCCUCGCAUGACAUAAACUCGUGGAGAGUCUAUUUCUAUCUACACCGGUGGCAACCGUCUAAAAGUACGCUUGACGAACUCAAGAUGAUCGGAAGGACAAGAGAUGGAUGGGAUCCCGUAUUUUUGUGGGGAGAAUCAAUGUAGUAUCGUCCGUCUUUUUGCGCUGAAUUUACUUCUCAUCAGGUGCCUAAUCUGGUAUUACGUCGGAACAUCACCAAGUCAUAUAUCUAUAAAUGAUCUCGAUGCUACUGCUAAGCUAUGCAAGCAAUUGUCAAGAUCUCUUGGGCACGUACUGCAUCUACGGUAGGUAGCCACUCAUAGCUCUGCUGCAUGGACC